AUGAGAGAUGUGGCCCAAAUCGCUUUCAAAAUCAUCUAUGGUCCAGAGAUCCAUCACCGAGCAGCUCCAUCCCCAGUUUCCUUCCGCGACCUGGCAAUAGAGGAGUACAAACUCAAUCUUAAGCCGUUUCAGAAUGUCCAAUUCAUCGCGUUCCUCGUUGCGAACUUGUACUGGCGAGCAUUCAGCCCUGAAGAAGAGGAACGCCAGCAUAACAAGUCCUACGCCACGGAGUUUCUGCUGAGCUUACGGCGGACGGACUUCAAGGAGUCGGCGGCUUGGCUGGAGGCUGUAUCGCUGGCUCUUAUGAUUCAGGGUCGCGUUGAGGAAGCUGAACUAUAUAUCCAUCGUCUCGAGGCUAUCAGUCCACUACCUGAGAAUGCAUUCUACGUGCAAGCUCGGUAUGGUACCUGUCAGGGUUAUACGGCCGCUCUCAAGCGUUUUAGCUCCGUCCCAACUGCAGAGAUGCUCGGAAAGUCCUGUAUCGGCGCUGCUAUCCGCGGCGAUAUCGAGUUGCUUGCAUAUCUGUUCGCAAACGGCGCGGCAGGGAUGCGCUAUGUGAUGAGGGGCCACAGCAUAGCAUCUGCGGCAGCCUACGCGGGGCACACCGUCGUUCUGCAGUUUCUCCACGGGCGAGGCGUUGACAUUACGUCGCCCGGCUUGUGGACGGCACCCAUCGUUGCGGCAGUUUUUGGUGGGCACCUCGACACGGUCCGGUAUCUGCUAGAAAAGGGAGCGCCUACCAUUAUCCAUAGGCGGCUGCUUGCUGAAUACGCCAUCCAGCUCGGGCGCCUGCAUCUGCUCCGCCUGAUUGCACAGCACUCGCAUCUGCCAGCGAUCGGCCCGAACGGCGUCCCAGUCAUUGCCUACGCCCUGAGGUCAAAGAAUAGGGAGGCCCGCGCGGAAAUCGUCGAGUAUCUUGUCCAAGAAGCCAGACUCGACAUCAACGCGCUUUCUUAUCAUGGAACGGUACUGCAUAUUGCGCUGAGAUUCGGGACCGUUGAGACGAUAGCCCAGCUCGUUCAUCUUGGCGCAGAUAUCCAUGCAACGGAUUAUGAGGGGCAAAGCGCCCUCCAGUACGCAUAUGCUCAGAGCAGAUCUGUGGCUGCGUGGUUGACACAGAAGUACGAGGCUACAGCAUGGCGAGGCUAUAAAGGACGUGGCCACGAUUAUGGAUCCGACUCUCACAUGCGCCUGAACUGGACUGAUCUUCCAUCGCUGCAUUACUCAGGAAACCUCCUGGUCAAGAGGGUCGCGCAAAUGACCUUUGAACCAGCGAUCGACCACACAAAGGAAGACUGUAAAAUGUAA